AUGGCAAUUGCUGUAUCUUACUCUGUUGGUCUACCUCCCCAUCCUAUCGUGGCGUUUGGGUUUGCCCUAAUUAAUUUUGCUGCAUUAUUUCAGCUCCUGUACCGAUCAACCUAUUCUUUCGGUGGGGACAUUGCAGUCAUAUUGACUAUCCUCAUCCCAUAUAAUGUAGGCACCACCAAGCUGCUCUCUUUCCAAGUCGAUGAAGACGCGGCUGACCCUAACUGCGCCCUGUCGGGUGGGUGGGACCACCUGGGUCUGAAUGCCACGUUUCUAGCAAAUAUACUGUCUGGACACGCGGUGCUUGAUAAUGUUUGUGUAGCCUUAGGGUUGUCUAGAUUUACCGACAUCUCUCACCAGGCCACAGUCAUGCUCCUGGUGUACAGGUUCGCUGCGGAACUGCAGCUCAUUGCUAGGGCCGUGCAGGGAGGAACAGUCUCGCGUAUGCAGCUGGUGUUUGUCAUUAUUAAAAAGGGCGUGUGGGCUGGACUCAUUCCUGCGGGGUUGCAGGGCCUUGCGAAUGAAUACCUGACUUUUAAACAGACUUUGUAUGAUUGUCUUGUUCCGGAAAAGGAGCUAGACUUUGUUGAGACCAAGGACCUGUGUUUCAGCGGGCAUAUAGCUAAGUACAAAUUCCAGGAUAUUAACAUGUAUGUCACGGAGGCGGAUUUCAUCGAUGAGCCGGACGUGGCAUGGGUCCUGGAUGUGAAUGCAAUGGGUCAGCAUGUGCCUCAGAUUCCGCUGUUUAUCUAUAAAUCUGCUAAUAAUGAGGUGAGUCUGGUUAAGGACACAGAUGCUCUGGUCGCUUUCUACUGUGACUCCGGCCCGAAAGUGAAAUACUUGCGGGAGGGAUUGUCGGAUCAUGCGAUGAUGGCGUUGACUGCUAAUCGCAUGGAUGGAGUCCCUGUUGAUGACGGCUGCACGACGAAAACUGUUCUGACAGGACUGACGGGUCCGAGAGCUAUACUUGGUCGGGCCUUGUUGUCUGCACCAGUUGGAACGGUAGUUGGAUGA